AUGCCGCAGAACGUAAAACUCAACUCGCUACGAAGCCAUAUUGGCUUGCGUGCGAUUCACAGAAAUGAGUUUAAGGAGCCGCAACGCAAGAAUUAUGUUGCGUCGGUGCAAGCGCAUUUUAUGGAGAUCAAGCAGCGGUUGGACAAUUUAGUCCAUGCGGCGGAGGUGGAUGAUGCUGACGACUAUGUGCUACCUCGUCUUAUGACUUGCUGGCGGAGGUUGACAUCCCCAUUGGAGCGACAACAGUGUCUCCGGCCAAAGAGGUGGACCCGCAGGCGCAUUUGGAAUUCGACCAAUCCCAGUUGCGUAAGCUGCACAAGGCCUGCGGGCUGCCGAAGCGAGAGUUGGACAUCAUGGCCAAAGGCAUCCAGUACGUGGCUUACAAUGCGGCUGCUCC